UUUGUCGCAAAGGUGAUAAAGCGCCCACUCUCUGUUUUUGCCUGGCGUGCCUGCAGACCGACGCCGUCCUCGCUGCCGGCGGAUUCAUUUUCAUCAUGUCGUCACUUAUUAGUUUCUGGCGGUGUGCUCGGAGUGUCAGAUGCGCGCGUGGGCUUGAACGCAGCACGGGGUGGAGGUCAAGCUGGCUCCAGCGGUGUCGGCGGCUGCACGUGGACCAUCCUCCGUGUGGACCGUCGCUGAGCAGCAGCUACGUCCACGGCGCGUCCGCCGUCUCGCUGCUCUCGGCGACGGUGGGCCAGAGCCUGGAGGCCGCCGCCCGGCGCUGGCCCCAGCGCGAAGCCGUGGUCUUCCUGCAGGACGGCGUCAGGAAAACCUUCGAGCACUUUCAGCGGGACGUCGACCAGGCGGCCGCGGGGCUGCUGGCUCUGGGCCUGCAGCGAGGGGACCGUCUGGCCGUUUGGGGGCCCAACACGUACGAAUGGAUCCUUUUCCAGUUUGCCACAGCCAAGGCGGGAAUCAUUCAGGUGUCUUUGAACCCGGCCUAUCAGCUCAAAGAAGUGGAGUUCACACUCAAAAAGGUGCAGUGCAAAGCGGUGGUUUGUCCCAGCAGCUUUAAGACGCAAAAGUUCUGCGAGAUGCUCCGGCAGAUCUGCCCGGAGAUCAACACGUCGCCGCCGGGGGCCAUCUGCAGCUCCAGGUUGCCAGAUCUGCGCAUGGUGAUCGUGACGGACAGCCGGGAGGCGGACAUGCUGCACACGGACGACGUUUUCCAAGCGGCGGAGAGUCGUCACCGGCGCCGGCUGAGCGAGCUUCACGGCAAACUGUCGUGCGACGACGCCAUCAAUAUUCAGUUCACCUCCGGCACCACUGGCAACCCCAAGGGAGUCACGCUGUCCCACCACAACGUGGUCAAUAACGGCUACUUCCUGGGGCUCCGAGCGGGUUACGACUGGAGGCCUCGGGUGCGGGUGUGUAUGCCGGUGCCCAUGUACCACUGCUUCGGGUCGGUGGUGGGCGGCAUGUGCAUGGCCCUGCACGGCAUCACGCUGGUCUUUCCGUCCACCGCCUACGACAGCCGAGCCAACCUGGAGGCCAUUCACAAGGAAAAGUGCACGUUCAUCUACGGCACUCCCACCAUGUUCACAGACAUGCUGAGCCAGAAAGAUCUGGAAAAGUACGAUUUGUCCUCAAUGGAAGGCGGUAUCAUGGCGGCGUCUCCGUGCGCCCCCGAGCUGGUGGCCAACGUGCGGGCCAAGAUGAACGUGAAAGAGAUCAUGAUCGGCUACGGCACCACGGAGAACAGCCCCGUCACCUUCUUGGGCUUCCCGCUCGACAACGACGACCUCAAGCUCAACACGGUCGGCUGCGUCAUGCACCACGUCGAGGCCAAGGUGGCGGACGUGGACACGGGCGAGACGGUCCCGCUGGGGGCCGCCGGGGAGCUGCUGAUCCGGGGUAGCUGCGUGAUGCUCGGAUACUGGGACGAGCCCGACAAGACCCGAGAGGUGGUCGGCCCCGACCGCUGGUACAGGACCGGGGACGUGGCCCGCCUCAACGCGCUGGGCUACGGCUCCAUCGAAGGUCGCAUCAAGGACAUGAUCAUCCGCGGGGGCGAGAACAUCUACCCCGCCGAGGUCGAGAGUUUUCUCUACACCAACGACAAAGUGCAGGAGGUGCAGGUGGUCGGAGUGAAAGACGAGCGUCUCGGGGAGCAGGUGUGCGCUUGCAUCAGGCUCAAGGAAGGACAAACGAGCACGGCGGACGAGAUCAGAACGUUCUGCAAAGGCCAGAUUUCGCACUUCAAAAUCCCGCACUACGUGGUGUUUGUGGACAGCUACCCACUGACUGCCAGCCGAAAGGUCAAGAAGAACGUAUUGAAGGUGGACAUGGAGAAGUAUCUGGGCCUGUAGAAAACUCCGGAAGAAAGCGCCGAAGAAGCCGCCGCGUAACGAGUGCACAAAAAGGACACACGACGCCGUGGCUCAUGUCAAUCUUUAUUUAUUCAAAUGAAGUUAAGAUCAAGCCUGCAGAGGCUCCAACCGCCACGCACCGUUGAAACGCGCCGUACAAACUGGGCAACAAUAAUAAAUAAGAAGGACCUUCAGGUGGAUCUCAUGUACAAAGGUGGCCAAACGGCCAUCUUGGCGAGCUACGUACGCACGCUUGGCGGAGCGCGCGUCGGUAACAGGCGGACAUUUUGUGGCUUGAAAUAAUAACGACUAAUCGUCAAGCCAGGACUAGUUUUGCAGAGUCGAACCUGCUUAACAUUUGUUUCACACAUCCACAACCAUUUUCUGUAGUGCUUGUACACACAAAAAAAAAAAAAAAAAAAAAAACAACCAAAAAAAAAAAAAAAAAAAAAAAAAAAACUACAUUCUCACUUAAGGACAAUUUGCAAAGUAAAUUUAUACAAUACUUCUUUCUCGUCUUUCUUUUUCAUUGCCAAUUUUCAUGUUUGGAAUUGAAAUGGCCAGCUGCACAGAUCUUUGACCGAGGUAAAUUUGCCUGUCGUUAUAGCUUAAAAAGCGCACGCGCGCGCACACACAAAAAUAACAUUUAUAAAAAGACGCACUCCACACACGUGCACUUUGGCUACGAAGUUUGGAACGAUCAACAUUCACUUCAGUCAUAACUGUGGACGUGGGGAGGACGGGGAUGGGGAUGGGGACAACCCCCCCCCC